AGUCACUAUUCGUCUUCGUGGAAAAAAAAAAAAAAAAAAAAAAAAAAAAAGAAAAAAAGGAAAAAGGAAAAAAACAGAAAGAGCUUUAGCUUUACUCUGUACGACUUUUGAGGCGGAGGCGAUCACGAUUCACGACGGACUUGAGCAUGGAGAAGCCAGCAGUUCUCAAAACCGACGGUUCGGAUUUCCCCGACGUUCUGGACUACCAAUCUGGAUUCGGCAACCAUUUCUCGUCGGAAGCGAUCUCCGGCGCUCUGCCACCCGACCAGAACAGCCCCCUCAUCUGUCCUUUCGGCCUCUACGCCGAGCAGAUCUCCGGCACCGCCUUCACCGCUCCUCGCAAGCUCAAUCAACGCAGUUGGCUGUACAGGAUCAAACCGUCAGUUACGCACGAACCGUUCAAGCCUCGGGUGCCUGCUCAUGAGAAGCUCGUGAGUGAAUUCGACAGGUCGAACACUUCCGCAAACCCUACUCAGCUCCGGUGGAAGCCUGUUGAUAUUCCGGAUUCACCGACUGAUUUUAUCGACGGUUUGUACACGAUGUGUGGUGCCGGCAGCGCGUUCCUUCGCCAUGGAUAUGCUAUUCACAUGUAUGCGGCUAGCAAAUCAAUGGACAACUGUGCCUUCUGCAAUGCGGAUGGAGACUUUUUGAUAGUUCCCCAGAAAGGAAAGCUGUGGAUCACCACUGAAUGUGGAAUGUUGCAAGUCUCUCCUGGUGAAAUUGUUGUUUUGCCUCAAGGCUUCCGUUUUGCUGUUGAUUUGCCAGAUGGUCCUGCACGUGGUUAUGUUGCUGAGAUUUUCGGUACCCACUUUCAACUUCCUGAUCUUGGUCCAAUAGGUGCUAAUGGUCUUGCUGCUCCAAGAGACUUCCUUGUUCCAACAGCUUGGUUUGAAGAUGCUUCCCGUCCAGGAUUUACUAUUGUACAAAAGUUUGGUGGAGAACUGUUUACUGCAAAACAAGACUUUUCUCCCUUCAAUGUAGUUGCUUGGCAUGGUAAUUAUGUGCCAUAUAAGUAUGAUCUCAGCAAGUUCUGUCCUUACAAUACUGUUUUGCUCGACCAUAGUGACCCCUCAAUAAAUACAGUUCUAACAGCACCAACUGACAAACCAGGGGUGGCUUUGCUUGAUUUUGUAAUUUUCCCUCCAAGAUGGUUGGUUGCUGAACAUACAUUCCGACCUCCAUAUUAUCAUCGCAAUUGCAUGAGUGAAUUUAUGGGUCUUGUAUUUGGUGGUUAUGAGGUAAACUGCUAUCAUAUUUGACUUCUGUCUUCUGUCUUAUCUGCUCUUUCUUUUGCUGGUGGUAAAAGCAUAUGAAUUGAAAGUUAUCCUAUUAUAUCAUCACUCUACUAAGAUGGGGGAUACCUUGGUCCAAACAUUAGACGGAGUAAGAUAAAUAUCUGUUUGUUUUUAUAUAAUAUAAGUGGUUAUAACUUAUUUUGAUAAGAUCCUUAAUUAUUGAAGAGCAUCAGAUUUGCAUAUACUUAUUUGAUAUUACUGUCUGGUUGAUAGUAAUAUCCACCAUAUUGGCAAGAUUUUCUUCUUCCCGAGUACAUGACCUUAGUAGCAAGUCAUGCUCAGUGUGAAUAUGGUAACUUGGUUCAUUCAUCUAAAAAUUCGUUUCAGGCAAAAGCUGAUGGGUUCUUGCCUGGUGGUGCAAGUCUUCACAGCUGCAUGACUCCCCAUGGUCCUGAUACAAAGACAUAUGAGGCUACGGUCAGGCAGGGAAAUGAGGCAGAACCUUAUAAAAUCACUGGUACCAUGGCAUUCAUGUUUGAAUCAUGUUUAAUCCCCAGAAUCUGUCCAUGGGCCCUUGAGUCUCCCUUUCUGGAUCAUGAUUAUUACCAAUGUUGGAUUGGACUGGAAUCCCAUUUCUCCAGCAAAGAAAUGAAUGUUAAGAUCAACAAUUUGCGGAAUGGAGCUGAUGAAAAUUGAAACAGUGGUUGAUUUGACCUUGGAACAUAAACCUUCUCCUGAUAAUUUUUUCACUUAAACAAGUAGAUUCUGCCCGGUAUGUACCUAGAAUAAGGGUAUAUAAAGUUAGCACAUACAGAGAAAUUGUUGUUGGGUUCCUGAUGAGGCUUAUUCUUGUUUGUCACUUGUCUAAAUAAUAAUGAUAGAUGCAUAAGCUACAAGUCAAUUUGUAUGUAUCUAAAUACUACGUUUGCUCUUACAUAUUAAAAAAAAUCACUACGCGUUUAUGAUUUUGGAUCUGCUUGUUUAGCUGUACAUUGUUGGCCAAAAGUUGGGAAAUCAUUUCUUUUCUUUAACAUCUUAAAUUCUAACCGAUGACUAUUUCUUGGGUGAUGAGAGUUGUUUGUAGUAUUACUUCACCUGCAUUGGUCUGAGUUGUGGACUAUAGAUAUCCCGUUUUGGGAGUAAGGGAAUCAGCAGCCCAACACAAGACUUGUCACGUCCAAAUCUUUUGUCUGUUUGGUAACAAGAAUUUCAUAGAAUUUCAACUUUUGAAAUUCAAUAUUACUGUUUAUUUUUAUUUAAAUAAAAUGUAAUUAAAUUU